CAGCAUUAGCGGCAGUAAGAGCGGCGUCGGCGGCGGCGUAGUGCAGCAGUGUGACGGGGCGUUAUUUUGUUUUCAUGAUUAAAACACUAAACAAGGACAAACACACACACGGUUCACCAGAGACGUUUGUGAAGAAGCCUGUCCGUCAUGGAGUCCUAUGACAUCUUAGCUAACCAGCCGGUUGUGAUUGAUAAUGGUUCAGGGGUUAUCAAGGCAGGUUUUGCUGGUGACCAGAUCCCAAAAUACUGUUUUCCAAACUAUGUGGGGCGUCCCAAGCAUGUACGUGUGAUGGCAGGAGCGCUGGAGGGAGACCUCUUCAUUGGACCCAAGGCAGAGGAGCACAGAGGUUUGUUGUCGGUGCGAUAUCCCAUGGAGCACGGGAUUGUGAACGACUGGAAUGACAUGGAGAGGAUCUGGCAGUAUGUUUAUUCCAAGGAGCAGCUGCAGACUUUCUCUGAAGAGCAUCCUGUACUGUUGACUGAGGCUCCCCUCAACCCCAGCAAGAACAGGGAGAAGGCUGCAGAGAUUUUCUUUGAGACCUUCAAUGUUCCUGCACUCUUCAUCUCCAUGCAGGCGGUGCUGAGCUUGUACGCCACAGGUCGCACUACUGGUGUUGUUUUGGAUUCGGGGGACGGCGUGACCCACGUCGUGCCCAUCUACGAGGGCUUUGCCAUCCCACAUUCGAUCAUGCGCGUGGACAUUGCCGGAAGAGACGUCUCUCGGUACCUGCGUCUGCUGCUGCGCAAAGAAGGCUACAACUUCAACACGUCUGCGGAGUUUGAGGUUGUUCGCACCAUCAAAGAGAGAGCCUGUUAUCUUUCUCUCAACCCCCAAAAAGACGAAACCUUAGAAACAGAGAAGGCUCAGUAUGUUCUACCUGACGGAAGCACUUUAAAUAUCGGUCCAGCCAGGUUCCGCGCUCCAGAGCUGCUCUUCAGACCUGACCUGAUAGGAGACGAAAGCUCGGGGAUCCACGAGGUCCUGGCCUAUGCUAUCCAGAAGUCUGACAUGGACCUGCGACGCACGCUAUUCUCCACUAUAGUGUUGUGCGGAGGAUCAACGCUGAUUAAAGGUUUUGGGGAGAGAUUACUAACUGAAGUCAAGAAGCUCGCGCCCAAAGACGUUAAGAUCAAGAUCUCUGCUCCUCAGGAGAGGCUGUACUCCACAUGGAUCGGUGGCUCAAUCCUGGCAUCACUGGACACCUUUAAAAAGAUGUGGGUGUCGAAGCGGGAAUAUGAAGAAGACAGAGCUCGUGCCAUCCACAGGAAGACUUUCUAGUUUUGUUUUUUUUCUUACUUCCUCCUCCUCCAUCAUACUGUCAGAGACUCCUCUACUCCUGCUAUCUUCUUUUAAACCACUGUCAGUCUACAGCUUCGCCUCCCGUUGUCCCUCCAUCCCUCCCCCACUCACCCAGACACACCCCUUUUCUUCCCCCCUUGUCCUUCCUCAUGCUGUUGGCUGAAAGUGAAACACCCUCAUCACAUGGCAAACAUUCACAGUGACAGGGCGUCAGAGGGCAGUGAGUAGUUCUGUGGACUCAUUCUGUCCUGUAGUCCACAUCCAUGUUUUGUAUCUCUCUCGCCUGAAAAACCCUGAAAGGUGAAGAAUAUAAUGAAAUGUUAAUAAACUGAAUUUUUUUUUUUUUUUUUUUUUUUUGCUACUUCCAUUCCAAACCCAAGAUUUUGAUUUUAUGUCCGUUUUGUUGGAUUUCUUUGAAAGGUCCUGACAAGGAUUAGCUCAUACACAACAGAACAAAGGUUUGAUGGAUUAAAGCAGCAUAUAGUGCUAGUUGGAUGAAGAUUACCACUGUAUUAGAGACGUAUAACUGGCCUCAUCUGCACACCACCUUAAUGUGGGUAAUUUAUCAUUCAAGUGACUGAGCUGAAGUCAGCUGUGGUUCUAUUCUGUGUGUCAGCGAGGAAAAGGACAGUGCCGUCAUUUUAUUGUCUCUUCAUCGUUUGUUGUGUCUCUGCUAAAAAAUUAAUUUAAAAACUCAAACGUCUCUUUUCUUUCUUCUGCGUUUACAGCAAUGUGUCCGACCGGACUCGUGUCAUCAUAGGUGUAACUUCUUCUAGUAGUAAACUUUACAGAUGUGGUUUCAAACACCACAUCUUUUGGGCCUUUUUCUCUGUGGAGACACAGAGGUUCUCCCCGUGUGACACUCUAAAUUGACCGUAGUUGUGUGUAUGAGAGCAGGAGUGGUUGUUUGUCUCUGUGUGUUUGUCCUGCAGUGGACUGGUGACCUGUCCAUGGUGUGACCCCGCCCAAACCGCAUAAAGCGGUAGUCGAUGAAUGAAUGAAUGAAUGAUAGAUAAUUGUUGUAAAUGUCACUGUGUUAGCAGCAGGGUUUUCACAAACACAGAGGAAACAGCAAAUGGAUUUUUGGGUUUUUACUGCGUCUCUGUGUUUGUGUUGACCCUCGACUGAAGUAUUAAAUUAGACUCGUUUUAGGAAUCACUUUAUCACAUUUUCACACAAGUCACUGCUAAUCAACAAGUACGGGGCAGAUGACUUGUGUUCACUCUCCAAAGGUUCGGCCCAUAGAGACCCAUUGAUGUGUCCACUCCCAGACAUUCAGGGUCCAGGUCGGGUUUUUCUCCGGUUCAGAACUGAAAAAGGUUUUUGAUGCUGGUUUUCAGUGUAACAACAGAGGUUCAUUAACGAUGAAUCUUCAUCAUCCUCAGUCUCCGGUCAGUCAUGGAGAACUCACAUCAGCUGCAAAGAAUAAUGAUCACAGAAGAUAAAUAUGAAAUGUAGAUGAGUUUCUGGAACUGAAGCUUCAGGAGCCUCAAGUCACCAGAAUAUUCUCUGGUCUUUAACAAUAAAGAGGGAAAGCAGGUUGAAAAAGGCAGAUUCCUUUGUUGAGCCGAUGAUUCCUUCUCUUCUCCCUCUCCUCGUCGCGUCCACGCGCGUGUCCGCGUCAGCUGCAGCGUGUACUCGUCUGCUUUUGGGUGUUUUUAUGAAAAGAAAAAAAGCGCGAGACCGAGGUUGUCGUCAUCAGCCUCGUGUGCAGUGGAAUGAUUUUCAGACACAGUCAGACAGUGGACAACAUCUGUAACAUCUGUACAAAACUCUUCAUUCAAGUGUUUGCUUUUACUUUUAAGAAUAAAUAAGUCGAUGGUU